UCUGUUUUCAAACCGGUGGAAACGAUAGUGUUUGUAGACGGGACGGAGCAUCACGUUUCUGUAUUUGUCAGGUUUUGCUUCAAGCUAUAGUUUAUAAAAUGGAUUUAGAAACUGGAACAUACGAGCCAGGGUUUGUUGGGAUACGGUUUUGCCAAGAAUGUAACAACAUGUUAUACCCUAAAGAAGACAAAGAAAACCGUAUUCUGCUCUACGCGUGCAGGAACUGUGACUACCAGCAGGAGGCAGACAACAGCUGCAUCUAUGUCAACAAGAUCACCCAUGAAGUCGACGAGCUGACGCAGAUCAUUGCUGAUGUAUCUCAAGAUCCAACGCUACCAAGGACAGAGGACCACCCCUGUCCCAAAUGUGGCCACAAGGAGGCAGUGUUCUUCCAAUCUCACAGUAUGAAGGCUGAGGAUGCUAUGAGACUGUACUACGUCUGCACGGCCCCUCACUGUGGACACAGAUGGACAGAGUAAAGUGGACAAUUAUGACGAUCAUUUGUAUUUACAGUAAAAGUAAGAAGUCUCAGAUGCAGGUCUGUUCUCUUUUAGUCUCGGUGUGCAGUUUGUUUUCAAACAGCAGCACUGAUAUGUUUAUAUACAUGUCUUUGUAUGAUGACUUACAGUUUGUUAGAAACCAUCUUUUGAAUAUGAUGUAUUAAUAGUUUAUUUUUAAGUUGUCAUUUUGAAGUGUUUUUGUUAGAUUAAAAUAAUCACUUUUUUCAAA